UCUGGGAAGCCACAGCACUGGGGAAACGGGAAAAUGGGCAACCGGGGAGCGGGAAAACCGUGGGAACCGGAGAAUCGGGAGGACAAGGGAGACUCAGCAACGGAGAAACCAGUGAACGGGAAAACUGUGGGCAUCGAGGAAGCGGGACUGCCGAGGAGCUGGGAAGCCACGGGAUCGGAGAAACGGGAAACCAGGGCACCCGGGAAUAGUGGGAACCAGGGAACCGGGGAGUGGUGGGCACAGGAAAACCGGGGACACCGGGAAAGGGUUAACCGUGGGCACUGGAGAGCUGCAACACUAGGAACAUGGGGAAACAGGUGUCGACUUCAAGAUGAAGACCAUCGAGGUGGAUGGGAUCAAGGUGCGGAUACAGAUCUGGGACACAGCUGGCCAGGAGCGGUACCAGACCAUCACCAAGCAGUACUAUCGACGGGCACAGGGCAUUUUCCUGGUGUACGACAUCAGCAGCGAGCGCUCCUACCAGCACAUCGUGAAGUGGGCCAGCGACGUGGAUGAGUACGCACCUGAUGGCGUCCAGAAAAUCCUCAUCGGGAACAAGGCGGACGAGGAGCACAAGAGGCAAGUGCCCAAAGAGCAAGGGCUGCAGCUGGCCAGGGAAUACGGGAUGGAUUUCUACGAGACCAGUGCCUGCAGCAACCUCAACAUCAAGGAGUCCUUCACGCGGCUGACGGAGCUGGUGCUGCAGGCACACCGCAAGGAGCUGGAUGAGCUGCGGGGGCCACCCCGUGCCCCCACCCUGGCCCGGCUGGAGGAGGACGAGCAGCAGCCCCUGGGGAGCGAGGACACCCCCAAAACCUGCUGGUGUUGAAGGCUGGGACAUCCCUGACCCCUCCUCCCCAGGCUGUGUCGGGGGGCUUGGUAGGGGCAGGAUUGGGGCAGCCCCCAUGGCGUGGGGGGCAACAUGGGACACCCUCAGGAACGGGGGGGAGAUGGGAAGGUGGCAAGGGGGGCCCCCCCAUCCUGGCACCUGUGCCCCCCUCAGUUUGUGGGUGGGGUGAGGGCUGUCCAGGCGCUGUGUGCCCACCCUGUGCCACGCCGUGGGACCCCCGGUUUUACACAGUGGUUUGCAGAAUAAAGGUGAUGCUGGA